CACAUGAGUAGGCUGACGGUAUGUGUGUUCUGGGAUACCACUCUUGAGUGAGUAAACAGUAGUUAAGUAGCUGAUAUGAUGUGCAGACAGCAGGUACAUGUGAACCUAGUGGCUUUUUGAAGAGGAGAGGACUCUUAUCUUCCAGAGCUGCUCCCUCUCUUAUCUUCCAGUUCCCCAUCAUCCUCGCUGCUGCAACAGGAGACGCUCUACCUGGAUGUAGAGGGCACUUGUCAGUAUAAUGAGUGUGAGUCACACAUAGAGUGUCUUACAUUGUGCUUGAGCUUACAUAAAUCACUUGAUAUUAGUCACUGUGGUUUAAAUGUGUCAGGGGAGGUUAGAGGUAGAUGGUUUCUCUUGAAGGGAGGAUUUAGAUAUUGUAUGCUGUAAAAAAUGUUUUACCUCAGGUUGACAAAUUCACACAUCUCAAGCACAUGAAUAUUAAUAGUCCAUAUUUUAUCAUUUGAACUAGUUCUAUGGUAAGUUGGUGUACUUUUCAGCCAUCGAAUGACCAUACGUGACAACAGAGCCAACGCGGAGUAAAACGGCACUGUUGCUUUAAACGCACCACUGCUUUGACAGGUUGUAGAGCGAUGGUAUUAUCUUCUGGAGCGCAUUGUAAACACCACUGUGCGCUUACGUUCGGUGGAACCGAGAAAGAGAGAGAGGUGGAGAGAUAUUGACCAUGUGUUGACACCUGCAACUGCACCGUUGGACUAUCGUAAUGCUCUAGCCCUGUGGUGGUUCCACAAGGAAAACUGCUGUCACAGGUGCGCUGUGACAAUUGAAACUAUCAAUUUUAAAAGGGAACGAACAGUAGACUGUCUCCGUGCAGUCAUGAUUUUGACACAAAGGUAAAAAGUGAUCUCAUUCAAACCGAUCUUUGAAAGCAAAUAGCCUAAGAUAAGACUAGCACAUAACUUAUAUCAAUUAGCGAGAGAAGUUUAACGAUUGCAGCGAGCCAUGUCCAGAAAGAAGGCGGCAAAAGGGAAGGGGAGCUCGAAGAGUCCCAGCGCAUCUCCGAGCAGCACCAAAGACAGAAGCGGGAAGAGUGGAAAGGGACUUGCCGCUGCUCCCACCAACGGUGUGGUCUACCCUAGCCGGCCCUCCAUCAGCAACAGCGGGGAGUUUUAUGAUGUCGCCUUCAAGGUGAUGUUGGUUGGAGACUCUGGUGUAGGGAAGACCUGUCUGCUGGUCCGCUUCAAAGAUGGAGCCUUCCUGGCAGGGAGCUUCAUCUCCACCGUGGGCAUCGACUUCAGGAAUAAAGUUUUGAACAUCGACACGCUGAAGGUCAAAUUGCAGAUCUGGGACACAGCUGGACAGGAACGCUUCCGUAGUGUCACACAUGCCUACUACCGCGACGCUCACGCUCUCCUCCUCUUGUACGAUGUUACUAACAAGGCCUCUUUUGACAACAUCCAGGCCUGGCUGACUGAGAUCCACGAGUACACCCAGCAGGAUGUGGUGCUCAUGCUCCUGGGGAACAAGGCUGAUUCCACACAUGACAGGGUGGUGAAACGGGAGGAGGGGGAGAAACUGGCAAAGGAAUUUGGGGUACCCUUCAUGGAGACCAGUGCCAAGUCUGGUCUGAAUGUGGAGCUAGCCUUCACUGCCGUGGCCAAAGAGCUGAAACACAGAUCCAUGAAGGAGUCUGACGACCCCAAGUUUCAGCUUCAGGAGUUUGUCAAUGAGGAGAUGAAGACUGCUGGCUGCUGCCACUCUUGAAACACUCAUGUGUUCUUCUCUACAUUUGUGUGUACAUGUUUGUUUAUUGUGUUUUGUGCGCAAUACACAUUGCAUCCUCUUAGAACCCCCUACUAUCUGUUGUUUCUGACCCACCUACCCUCCAGUUGUGAAUGUAUUGUACUUGUUAUUACUUUUCACACUCACGCACACACACACACACACACUAUAAAACACACUGACAGAGACAAACUAAAACUUUAUUAUGCUAUAUGGAAUUAAUUCAUAUGUUUAUUUGAAUGUUCAAUAUGUUGAUACAGGAAUUAUGCUACAGUGUAUGUAUUUCUGGGCAACAGUACUUUAUUUAAGUUUGUAUGUGGCUGUAUGGGAAUAGUUUCUAUAUUGACUUCAGAACUCUGGUCUUAUGCAGAUGGUCUUAUGGUUGUGAAACUCUUGUGAAAAGAACUGCGGUUUAAGGAGAUUUUCUCAGUGAAUCUGAUCGUUGUACCAACUUGCACCAUUUUAAAAGUCUGUAAUAGUUGUUGUAUAUACAUUACCUAUUGUAAAUUAGACUUUCAUACAGUAUUUUAUUCAUGAUAGAUGAAGAAAACCAUUGUUUUGAGUUGUUAUCAUAUGUUUUCAUCCUACCAAAAUGCAAUAUUUUAGCAACCAUAUUUUCAGAUUUUGAAUGGAAGUGCCAACCAAACAACAAUUAGGGACAUAUCUAUUUCAUAAUGUAACUGACUAUCCACAAUAAAGAUUAUGA